AUGCUGAAUAGCUUGUUCAUUGUGAAUACAUCCGGUGAUGUGAUCCUCGAAAAGCAUUGGAAAGCAGUUAUUCAUCGAUCAAUAUGUGACUAUUUCUUCGACGCUCAGAAGAAGGCUGCUUCACCUGAGGACGUUUUGCCGGUACUUUCUACUCCUCAUCAUUAUCUUAUUAAUGUCUAUCAUAAUCAAAUAUAUUUUCUAGCUGUUACAACAACAGAAAUUCCUCCUUUGAUGGUUAUCGAGUUUCUACAUCGAGUUGUGCACACUUUUUCGCAAUAUUUUGAUGAGUGCUCGGAUACGUCGAUUAAGGAGAACUGUGUAAUGGUUUUUGAGCUGCUCGACGAAAUGCUCGACAAUGGAUAUCCUCUUGUUACUGAAUUGAAUAUUCUCCAAGAUCUCAUCAAACCACCUAAUUUCCUUAGAAAUAUUGCCAAUCAGGUCACUGGUCGUACCAAUCAUUCCGAAACGCUCCCAACUGGCCAGCUGUCCAAUAUACCAUGGCGACGACAAGGUGUGAAGUAUACAAACAAUGAAGCUUACUUCGAUGUAAUUGAGGAAAUUGAUGCAAUUAUCGAUCGCCAAGGGUCUACAGUUUUCGCUGAGAUACAGGGCUACAUUGACGUGUGUUGUAAAUUGUCGGGGAUGCCGGAUCUUACCAUGACGCUUGUUAAUCCACGCCUUCUUGAUGACGUAUCGUUUCAUCCAUGCGUUCGAUUCAAGCGAUGGGAGAAUGAACGUGUGCUAUCAUUUGUGCCUCCUGAUGGGAACUUUCGUUUGUUAUCAUAUCACAUUGCUACUCAAAAUAUGGUCGCCAUUCCUAUUUAUGUUCGGCAUUCCAUAGUGUUGAGAGGUGGAACUGGGAGUCGUUUGGAAAUGACGGUUGGACCGAAGCAAAGCAUGGGUAAAAUCUUAGAAGAUGUUGUGGUGGAGAUGUCCAAUGCCGAAAGCAGUGUUGAAUUGCAAUCUAGUGCCUUCGCAAGGGAAGUGUACUGGACUAUAGGCAAGAUAGAACUUGGAAAACCGCCCAAUAUCAAGGGAACUGUAUCCGUCUCAGGAACGACGACUAUAGAGACGCCACCAAUCUCGCUUCGUUUCCGCAUCAAUCAGCUUGCUGUUUCCGGGCUCAAAGUAAAUCGGUUAGAUAUGUAUGGCGAGAAGUACAAGCCUUUUAAAGGUGUGAAAUACAUCACAAAAGCUGGAAAGUUUCAAGAUGAAGCUAUCAGCUUAUUCAGAAUGUUGAGUACUGGGCAAUUAGUUGUUCGGCGUUUCCUCCAAACAUCAUCUUUGGCAUGCCGGCAGAAGAACUUUCGUGAAGUGCUUCCACCGGAGGAGGCUGGCUGGGCUUUCAAUCACAUAGAGAAGAAGCGAGGUCUCUACAAACCGAAGCACACAGUUGAAGAACAAAUCGCUUAUAUGAAGAGUAAAGCUUUCCAAGAUGCCUAUAAGGGACUGCCGAUCUACCGUUGGUAUAAACGAAAUUUC